CCAAUAAGCGGCUUUUCCCGGAUUCCCGGGACAACUGCUAGAAUUCCGAAAUAAUUUCCCACGGAUUUUUUGUAUUUUUACACAUGUGUGUCAAGUCAAUAAGAACUUCAGUUGUGUGUUGGUUGGGUCCUGACUUGAACCGUGUUUUCUAAAUUGUUUUUUAAGUGCAUCUAUAUAAGAAAAUAUAAAUUCCCAAGUAAUUGGUCUAGCUUAAGAUAUUAUUAGUGGUAAUUUAGAUAGAAGAAUGGAGGUGCGACAGAAUAAAUAUGAAAAACUGGACUUCCUUGGAGAGGGUCAGUUUGCCACAGUAUACAAGGCGAGGGAUGUGGACACAGAUAGGAUAGUAGCUGUAAAGAAAAUUAAGAUUGGGAGUCGAGAGGAGGCUCAAGAUGGGAUCAAUAGAACAGCUCUAAGAGAGAUCAAACUGCUGCUGGAGCUGCAUCAUGAGAAUGUUAUUGGGCUAUUGGAUGUCUUCGGUCAUAAAUCGAAUGUGUCAUUGGUAUUUGACUUCAUGGAUACGGAUCUAGAGGUGAUAAUCAAGGAUCAAAAGAUUGUUCUUACUCCAGCAAACAUAAAAGCUUACAUGAUAAUGACACUUCGGGGAUUGGAGUAUCUGCAUCACAAUUGGAUUCUUCAUCGAGAUCUCAAGCCAAAUAAUCUCCUAGUGAAUGCCGAUGGUGUACUAAAAAUUGGCGAUUUUGGCCUGGCAAAGUUCUUUGGGUCGCCCAAUAGGAUAAAUACUCAUCAGGUGGUCACGAGAUGGUACAGAUGUCCGGAACUUCUAUUUGGUGCUCGACAGUACGGAACUGGCGUGGAUAUUUGGGCUGUAGGAUGUAUCCUGGCUGAAUUACUGCUCAGAGUCCCUUUUCUACCCGGAGAUAGUGAUCUGGAUCAGUUGACAAAGAUUUUUCAGGCUCUGGGAACACCAACAGAAGAGAACUGGCCCUCAGUCAAUACUCUUCCCGAUUUUAUGCAGUUCAAACCAAUGCCAGGAACUCCUCUUCGUCACAUCUUCACAGCCGCUCCGGAUGAUUUGUUGGACUUGGCGGAAAAACUCCUAGCUCUCUGUCCGUCCAAUCGAUGCACCUGCACAGAGGCUUUGCAGAUGCCGUACUUUAGUAACAAACCCGCUCCAACUGUUGGUUCCAAGUUGCCUCUACCGUCAAGUCUCACGCAGAAAACAGUUGAAGAAAAGCCUAAUUUAAAGAGAAAACUCGCAGAUUCCAUCGCAGAAGGGACAGUUUCCAAAAGGCUGCAGUUCUAAAAUUGAGUUUUUUCAGAGAUUUCUACAAUUUUUACUCUAUGCUGUGUAGGAGAACCGAACAGUGAACGACUUUAUAAAUAAAAGGUGUUUCGCCUAGAAA